GUCACUCAGAUGGUUCCUCAUACCGGCUCUCGCUUCCUCUCCCAAGACGCGUCCAACGUCGUCGUCCUCCUCCAACACGUCCUCCACGCUUUCUCUGCAUCAUCUUCCUCCCGGAACUCUAUACAUUUCCCUCUAAUCGAUAAUCGUCCCUUAUUUGCCGUCCCUAGCCCGUGCACAAUAAAACCACUCUCUCUUUCCUUUAUCGCUGUCCCUCUUUCCUCACUGCUUUUUUUCCCUUUCCUCGUCGCUUCUCCGCAUCAGUCUAAACCAUGUCUACGACUUUCGGCAUGCCUUUCUUCCUCGAGGACCAGUCCGGCGACAUUGAAAACUCCGAGUUCAAUGACAUCUACAACCGCAUGCGCUUCAGUCUUCGACGAACCGACAACGGCUCGCAGCACCCCGUGCUUAUGGUCUACGACAUGACUUCGACCUCCGCCUCCAGUCGUAGCGAUCUCCGAGUCCCUAUUGCGUGCCUUAGCUUUGGAGCCAAUAAUGCUUUGGGCACGGUCAAGAUUCAGGACGGUGCCCAUGUCGACAUGAACCAGUAUCUUGGACGCGUCGGUCGCAACCCGAAAGCUCGCAAAUUCAUUGCUCACGAUGGGCAGGAGUACCGCUGGACUCACCGUCCUGGCGGCGACCCCGAGUGGCAGUGCGUCAACGCUAGCGGGUACGAAGUAGCCACGUAUAGUCUCAAGCCUGACGGGGAACCUCACUACGCGAACUCUUCGGGUUGUGUUUUGACCGUUGAAGAAGCCUACGGGCACCUCGCUGGCGAGUUCCUUGCCUCGCUUACCAUCUUGCGCCAUGCAGUCAAGUACAACUACUUGUAAACACCCGACACCCCCCUCCUCCACCCCUUCACUGCACUUCGCUACUCAAACGUCCAUUCGCAUCGUCGCCUCCGAGAGGCACGCAAAGCUUCAAUUCAACAUUUCCGAUCACAAACUCAAAGUUUUUUUUCAAUUUGGCAAUUCCGGACUCGGCCUCGGUGGACAAACCACCGCAAAUUACUCGUCCGCGACUCUCCUAUACUCAUUUUCGGGACGAGUCCGAGGCGAAUUUGGCCGAGCUAGUUAUUUGCCCCUAUGUGUACCUCCUGUUCUCUUUCGUCUUCGUCUGUUCGUCAAACACACACCACCGGCCUCUAUUUGUGGCACGGUGUUUCGCGUCUCCCUUCAAGCAAAAACUAACUCCUAUCUUAUUUGUAUAAUCCUAAUUGUCUAAUCCCUCUCUGCCCCCCACUCUCCUGUCGCACACGCACACGCUACGCAUUGCUACAAUAACCCGCUUUCUUCCUCAAAUCCUUCUUCACUCCCCAUGUAGAUUUUAUUCCUGUGUAGUGUGUCUCCUCCCCCCCGUCGUCGUCGUCUGAAGUAAAAGUUUCUCGCAGUAACAUAGUUUGUAGCCAUUUUUGUAGAUUUUCCGUGCCUCCGUAACGCCUAUCUAUGCUAGCUAGCUACAUACAACAAUCAACCUUACCCACUACUAGAUAAUAAUUAUUGACCCAGUCUCGGUUCGAUUUUGUCUGGUUUGUUUUCCCCUCUAUGCUUCUCGUCGCUUUUUACUUACUAGUAGCUUUCUUGGAUACUUACACAGCGAGUGAUACACGUAUACUUAUUAGUAGAGUACGUGGUUUGAAGAAUAAUAGUCGUUGCUUUGUUACGCAUAG